AUGGGAUCAACACAGGCACCUUUCUCGCCCUCAUUUUCCGCCCUGGAUCCUGUCAUUAUGGACGACGACAUGGAGUCCACCUUCCGUAACGCCAACAUGGACUUUUUGGACCCCACAAAACUCGAGAUGUCAACCGAAAAUGCUGGGGGAGAUUUUGACGACCUGUUCGCUCGAGCCACAACUUCCCGUCCGAAUGGCGUAUCAGAGCCUUCAAAGCCAUACCAAGACCAAAACCCCCUGAGGCAGGUGCCGACUCUUACCGCCGAUUCACCAGCCGAGUCGCCAGAUGAUUCGGGUCGCAGUUCUUCCUCCGAAUCACCACGGAAUCACCUGCGACAAACGUCGGUCGCCUCGACAAACUCAGCAGCGCAUAGUGAUAAUCCCUUGGCUUCUACUAGUUACCAGGCCGAGGACUGGAUGCGCCCCGAAUUAUCGUCAGUCAAGGAGGAAUCACCAUUCAAUAUUGACCCUUCUUUUCCUAUGGAUGGUGGUUUCUCCUUGGAUCCGGAUCUGGAGGUUAGCAACAAAGCGAUGGACGCAGCUUUUGAUUUUGAAAGUGCAGCGAGUAGCCCUAGUCCAUUGAAACCAGACAAUGGGUCACUUCCCAGACCCCAGAAGCGCUCGAAAUCCCAGCUCUGGAGUCCUUCGAGCAAUCACGCUGCGCUGGCGUCAGUCGAUGGUGUGCCUUCUGUCAAUGCUCCCGGGUCUCCAUUCUUCGCUUUUGGACUCAACGGCCAAUCGCCAUACUCGAACUCAAUGCCCCAAGAUAUGGAUAGAGUAGCCCCGCAAUGGGGCGGACAUUCUCCUUCGUCCCUUUUGGAAGAAAGUUUCGGAGGUAUCAACAUGAAUCGCCAAUCACCACUCCACACCUCGCUAUCACCCGCCAUGAACUUCGGGUCGCCUGCAUCAUACCAAUUUCCUGUCAACUUCGCUUCUUCUCCAGCGCAGCCUCAAGUGAAUGCGCACUCUCUACAGCCUGUCCUCACUGUGCAUCCGACCUCCCUAAAAUCCCGCGUUGAGACUCAAAUUCCGAUCCGCUUAACCCUCUCCCCGCUACCCACCGGUGUUAAGAAACUCCGUCUUCCCUCGCACACCAUUUCGAAACUCAAAUUUCUUGCUCCUCCUGCCACCGAACCUUCCCGUGAUACCCUCCAAUUGUACACAAGUCUGGUAUGCACGAGCGCCAUGCAAGACAGAGAAAAGAUCAAGCGGGCAUUUGCACGAACAAGGGGUGACCACUAUCAAGCAACUUCGGAUGACGAACGCCCGCUGGACGGGGGUGAUGUGAAAAUCUGCAGCGGAUGUAUACAGCGAGAACGGAAACGUGCGUCACGGAAGAAACAAAGGAAGCCCGAGGAAGACGAAUUAUUUCAAAAGGAUGAAGAGAAGCGUGUCAUCGUAUUCAACACCAGCGAGAUCAAGGAAUGGACCGAACCAUCAAAGAACGCUAGCGGUGGUUAUGGUGAUAGAUUAUCGGCCCCACCGGGAUCAAUGCAAGUGGAACUGCCGAUGCGCAUUGCAUGCUAUUGUCGGCAUCAAAAUGAGAAGCUCGGGUUCCAAGUUAUAUUCACUGUGAAGGACCACUUGGACAACGUGGUAGCGCAGGCAAUCACAAAUUCGAUUAUGAUAACCGACGACCACAAAACGCAGGCUCCAUCCGCGCCCGCGCCGACUGGCCCUUCGCCAUCCCUCGCAGAUGGGACACAAGUACCGGGAGUUGGAGUGUUUCCCUCGGGCCAAAACCCCGAGAAUGGGCAAAAUUCUUUCGGUGCACCUCAGUCGCCGACUGAUCUGCAGGGUCUUCAACAAAGGUUCAAUUCUCAAUAUCAGCUUACACCGAGUUCAUUUGCGGGUCCAGGCUCAACAAGUGGAGGAAAUGUGUCUCAGACGUCCAGAAGCCUCUCUCGAGGAGCAUCUCCAUCCGAUUUCCAAGGGCCACAGAGCAAACGGCGCAAACACAGCAGCUCUGGAAGGCUUCCAUCCGAACUGACUAUGACAAGACUCGAGACACCUCAGUCAUCCGCAGCAGCUAUGAACAAUGCUGCGCAACUUGCGGCUGCUCGUGGAUUCGCUUCACCAACUGAACGCCCAUUCGUAAACCCGUCCUCCAUGUCUCAAUAUGGGAAUGGCCCGCCCACGCCCAACCAGAACAACGAUAACAAUCCAUUCUUCAACCCGACUCCUGCCCAGCGACAAAGUUUAGACACCCUGGCCGGGGGAGCACUGGCAUCCACACCCAACUCUACCCAUCCCAGUCGUCCGGGGACACCAGGUGGCUCGAAUCGCAAUGGCUUCCAUGAUCCAAGUAUUCCCAUGGGACUUGGUGCUAAUUCAUCAAGUCAGGUUUGGCCUCCCCUCAACAGUGCCCCCAAUCGAUUGCCAUCAGUGAUUCACAAGUUGGUACCUGCCGAGGGCUCCAUCACAGGAGGCACUGAGGUUACGUUGUUAGGCAGCGGGUUUUAUCCUGGUAUGGAGGUUGUUUUCGGUGAUACCUUGGCCACUACAACCACAUUCUGGGGUGACAAGUGCCUCAACUGCCUGACCCCUCCUGCUCUCCAGCCGGGAUUGGUGUCUGUGGUAUUCAAACAUGAGCAUCCGACGUUCGGUCAAGUCCAGCAGCCUCAGCCAAUCAUGCCCAAACAGCAGCUGUUCUUCCGCUAUGUGGAUGACCGUGAGCUUCAAAUGUAUCGCUUGGCACUGAACAUUCUUGGUCAGAAAUUGGGCAGCCAAGCGGAUGCAUUCCACACAGCGCAACAGAUCAUGGGAAGCGAUCCAAACGCGUUCUUCAACAUGCAAGCAGACAUGCAAAGUAACGGUAACUCCUCCGGGGGUCAGCAACGCCAAGUACCGGGUCUUGAGAACCAGGGCAAACUCGGCGAUCUCGACUCGAAGAUGCUCACCUACCUGGAAUUCAUCGACUUGGACAAUAGUCCUCGCUCAGCACGGUAUAACUCGCGCAGCCCCACCGGCCAGAGUCUUCUCCACUUUGCGGCGUCGUUGGGACUGACAAGAUUUGUCGCGGGUCUUUUGGCUCGGGGUGCAAACCCCGAUGUGCAAGACAACACGGGCAAUGCGCCGAUGCAUCUAGCCGCACUUCAUGGUCAUGCCCACAUUGUCCACCGCUUGCGUCUGACGGGCGCCAAUCCUAACACUCGUAGUGUACGAGGCUUCACUGCCGCAGACCUAGCAACAACGCUUCCCGCCCAUCAAGCCGCAUUGCUUCCAUCUCGCCACUACCGGUCCCGCAGUGUGGGAUCCCUCACAUCCCGACGCCGACAAAGCAGCUCGGCCUCGCUUAGCUCGAUGUGGGAGGUGUCUUCCGCCUCUGGAUCUCUUGGUCAUGAUCUCAACGACUCGGAGGAUGUGGAUGAUGAAGAGGAAACCACCGAUGAUUCUGAGUCGGAGCCUCUUCAAUUUACCUCCUCUCGUCGGUCUAGUAUGCACCAAGAUAUCGGUCCACAAGUCAUGGACAAUAGCGAACAAACCAUCGCAACCGGAAACGCUCAGGGCUUUGCCCCGCCAGCACCUCUUGUCGCGUGGCCAGAGCGUGGCCAAUGCCUUCCCCAACCUCCCGGCCCUCCCCCGAUGCCUCCGAUGCCCGCAAUGCCCGCGAUACCUACGAUGCCCGCCCUCCAAGACUACCAAGGACAAGGAAUGAUGCGCCGCAUAACCAACCUUGUUCCUCACCGACCUGCGGCUGGGGAUGGUUGGUGGGAUUACCUGAAGGGCACAUCUGCGCCCAAUCCCAAUCAACCACCUUCAUACGAUGAGUUGUUCCCGCACCCCGAGGCCACCGAUGAAUCCGACAUGAAGAAGUCCAGUCUGCUCCGUGCCGCAACAGAGGCAGCUAUCGACCAACACUUCGAGGCACAGAGUAGCGCUGCUGCUGCUGCCGCCGCCGCCGUUCCGGCUUCGGCUUCAGCUUCAACGUCCCGCAUUCAAGUUGAGAAGGAAGAUAUCAAAGAUAUCACAAUCGGGCGCAAUGUCAUCUCACGCGAGCAGCAAAAGCACCUCCGAGAGCAACAGGCUCGACGAAUGAAGGGUCUAGGCAACGACCGAAACCUAUACUUCAUUUGGAUUCCUCUUCUUAUUCUCGUUAUUUGUGCCUGGGGUCGAAACUACGUUCCCGGGAUUUGGCAAGGCGUCACGGACAGCUUUGAAUUUGUGAAAGCUCGCUAUACACAGCCGGCUGUGGAAUUGGGCAUUUAG